GUUUGGAAAUCUUAAAAGAUAACAUACGUUUUACUACGGAAUCGGUGACUCUGAUUUGGAUUAUAUUCGUUGGUUUAUUUUGAAAUAAAAAGAAAACAAAAUUGAGAAAUUAAUGAGUUUACAAUUAAAGAAAAAAUUUACAAAAGAACAUAAAGUAAAGGAUAAAAUGUAUUAUAAAAUGCAAUUUCAUAUGUUUAUAUUGUGCAUAUUUUUAAUGCAAUUUUUAAGCGUCUCUGCCAUACCCUGUGAUUCCUGUGGCAAUGAAUGCGCCAAUGCUUGUGGCACUAAACACUUCAGAACCUGUUGUUUUAAUUAUUUACGCAAACGUACCGAUCCAAAUGCCAUGAAAAUGAUCACGAAUAAACGUUUAAUCGAUUUUAUAAUGUUGCAAGGACGUGCUAUGUUCACACAAAAUGAAUUGAGUAAUGAGAGAAAACAACAACAACAACAGCAACAAAAACAACAACAACAACAGUAUGAGCAUUUACAUGAACAACAAAAAUUAUUAAUACCACGAUCAGCAUUUCCCUUCAAUGAUGAAGAACGUCAUAAUGGCACCUUUAUAUUGGAAGAUUUACAGGCCUAUUAUGAUUAAAGGAAAUUUAUAAACUAUUUGCAAAUAAACUUAGCGAUCAGAAUGAUAAUAAUGACUAUGAAAAUAUUGCUGAUGAUGACGUUGAUGAUAAUAGUGCUGUUGACGACAAUUAUAAUAUGACACUGAUGUUGAAAAUGAUUUUAAUAAUGAUUAACUAUUAUAGAUUUUGUACAAAUAUUUUAUUAGAGUAACAAAGAAAUGUAUGUUUGAAAUAUUAAUUUUCUCUC